AUGAUCCGCAACGUUGCUCUUUUGGCUCUUGCUGCCAGCCCGGCCUUUGCCGGUGUUGCUCAGCCGUCUCCCCACAAGGAGGUUGAGGGUUGGAGCUCGGAGUGGCAGCGUCCCUCUGAGGCUCACUCCUCCUGGUCGACCACCCCGGGCACCACCAGCACCGCCACGACCCCUACCUACACCAAGCCUCACUCGAGCACCACCACCCCGUGCACCACUAGCACCACGACUAGGCCUUACCACACCACCACCACCACCCCGGUCACUACCACCAGCACCAAGACUAGGCCUUACCACACCACCACCACCACCCCGGUCACUACCACCAGCACCAAGACUAGGCCUUACCACACCACCACCACCCCGGUCACUACCACCACCCCGGUCACCACCACCACCCCGGUGAAGUCUACCACCACUACUCAGCACACCACUAAGACUAUCACCGUUGUGACCACCACCUGCCCUGUCACCUCCAAGGUUGUCACCUCUGGCACCAAGGUCAUCACUAUUCCCGUGACUGAGACCAACACCAUUACUCUCACCUCGACCAUUGUCUGUGAGGAGUGCGAGAAGUCCAUGACCUUCCACGCUGCUACUCAGCCCCCUACCACGGCUCCUUCCUCCACCGUUGUGAAGUCCACCUCCGUUGUGGUUCCUCCGGUUGUGUCCACCUCCGUCGUGGUUCCUCCGGUUGUGUCGACCUCCGUCGUGGUUCCUCCCGCUGAUCCACCUCCGUUGUGGUUCCCCCCGGCUGAAGUCACCUCCGCUGUGGUGAUCCCCGGUGGUUCCACCUCCGUUGUUGUGAUCCCCGCUGUUUCCACCCCGGCUGUGGUCCCUGCUGCCUCUGUGGCUCCUGCUGCCUCCGUGCCCGCUGUUGCUCCCGUGGCCCCUGCUGCCUCCGUGGCUCCUGCUGUCUCCGAGGCUCCUGCUGCCUCCGUGCCCGCUGUUGCUCCCGUGGCCCCUGCUGCCUCCGUGGCUCCUGCUGCCUCCGUGGCCCCCGCUGCCUCCGUGCCCGCUGUUGCUCCCGUGGCUCCUGCUGCCUCCGUGGCUCCUGCUGCCUCCGAGGCUCCUGCUGCCUCCGAGGCUCCUGCUGCCUCCGUGCCCGCUGUUGCUCCCGUGGCCCCUGCUGCCUCCGAGGCUCCUGCUGCCUCCGAGGCUCCUGCUGCUUCCGUGGCUCCUGCUGCUUCCGUGGCUCCCGCUGCCUCCGUGCCCGCUGUUGCUCCCGUGGCCCCUGCUGCCUCCGUGGCCCCUGCUGCCUCCGAGGCCCCUGCUGCCUCCGAGGCUCCUGCUGCCUCCGAGGCUCCUGCUGCUCCCGUGGCUCCUGCUGCUUCCGUGGCUCCCGCUGCCUCUGAGGCUCCUGCUGCUUCCGUGGCUCCCGCUGCCUCCGUGCCCGCUGUUGCUCAGUCUUCCACCCCUGCCCGGCCCGCUGAGUCCUCCGCUCCCGUUGAGUCCUCUGCUCCCGUUGAGUCCUCUGCUCCCGUCGAGUCUUCUGCUCCCGUGGAGUCCUCUUCUCCCGUUGAGUCCUCUGCUCCCGUUGAGUCCUCUGCUCCCGUUGAGUCUCAGACCGCUAUCGCUCAUCCCUUCACCGGUGCUGCCUCGGCUGUCAAGCCCGCUGCUGGCCUCCUGGCUGGUAUUGUCGGCCUCAUGGCUCUCCUGUAA